GAUAAUGAUGUAAAAGACUCCCCCGUCUGCGGCGGCUGCUGGUUGAUGGGUCCGGAAAUCUCUUGAAGGUGAAUCCAAGCAAGAUAAACGGUGGAAGCGGCUCCGCUGGCAGCGCACAAUGCCCCAGCGCGGCGCCUGCUGAGGGCGAGCCGGAGCCGCAGCCGGAGCCACAGCCACAGCCCGAGCCCGAGCCACAGCCGCUGCCGGAGCUGCAGCCCAAGCCGGAGCCGCCGCCCGAGCCGGAGCCGCAGCCGGAGCCACAGCCGGAGCCGCAGUCCGAGCCGCCGCCGGAGCCAGAGAAGGGGCAGCCGCGGCGCCGGGCACGGCGCAGCUCCGGCGGGAGCCGGGAAACGAUUUCUGCCAGCGGGACGCCGGGGAGCCGCCCGCCGCGGCGCGGAGCCUUGGAGGAGCGGGCCGGGAACUGAGGGGGGCGGAGGAGGCGGAGGCGAGCGGGGCGCCGAUGGAGCGGGCGCUGGGGCUGCCCGCAGAAGAGGACCUCUUCCACAAGAGCCUCGCCGCCUCGGCCAAGCGCAUGGAGUCCGCCUUCCGCUCGCCCCCGGGGCUCGACCUUUCCCACCCCCGCGACCGCCAGCCCUCGCCGCUCGCCUGCUACGAGGCGUCGGAGCCCGAGGCGCUGCUGCAGCCCGGAGUCGGCGGCGACCCGCUGGCGCUGCCGCCGGGCUCCGUCUGCGUCAAGUACGGCGAGAGCGCCAGCCGCAGCUCGGUGGCCGAGAGCAGCGGCGGCGAGCAGAGCCCCGACGACGACAGCGACGGCCGCUGCGAGCUGGUGCUGCGCGGCGCCGGGGGGGACCCGCGCGUCGCCUCGCCGGCAGCGGGCGGCGGCGGAGGGGGGGGCGGGGGGCUGAAGGCGGCCGAGGGCAGCUGCUCCAACAGCCACGGGCACGGCGGCAGCAAGAAGUCCAAGGAGCAGAAGGCGCUGCGGCUCAACAUCAACGCGCGGGAGCGGCGGCGGAUGCACGACCUGAACGACGCGCUGGACGAGCUGCGGGCGGUCAUCCCCUACGCGCACAGUCCCUCGGUGCGGAAGCUCUCCAAGAUCGCCACGCUCCUCCUGGCCAAGAACUACAUCCUGAUGCAGGCGCAGGCCCUGGAGGAGAUGCGGCGCUUGGUGGCUUAUCUCAACCAGGGCCAGGCCAUCUCGGCCGCCUCCCUGCCCAGCUCCGCCGCGGCGGCGGCGGCGGCGGCGGCGGCGCUGCACCCCGCCCUCGGCGCCUACGAGCAGGCGGCCGGUUACCCCUUCAGCGCCGGGCUGCCCCCCGCCACCUCCUGCCCGGAGAAAUGUGCCAUCUUCAACAGCGUCUCCUCCAGCCUCUGCAAACAGUGCACGGAGAAGCCUUAA